CGGAAAAGGAAAAACAGUCAACGGCAGCUGUCAGAGUGCCACUGACUUUAUUGUGGUUUAUAAAUGUUACUUAAUAGGUUUUUGCGGCCAGUAGCAUCUCAUAUUAUCAAGAUAUCUGUGAAAAGUUUCUCUUUCCAUCCUGUGCGGUCGGCUUGCUGCAGCGUCCCCACUCAGCAGUGGAAGGACAAAAUGUCAUCCAAGUGUAAAAAGAGGAAAAGGAGGCCUCAGAUGGAUGCAGAGCAGAACAGCCAGGAGAAGCAACUGCAAGCUCCUCAAAACAGCAAGGUGGAAGGGUCCAGGAUGAAGAAGAAGCUGCUGGUGGACGUGGACUGUGGUGUGGAUGACGCUCAGGCCAUCAUGCUGGCGCUGGCCGCCCCCAAUGUGGAGAUCCUGGGCAUCACCUGCGUGCACGGGAACACCGCGGUGGAGAACGUGUGCAAGAACGUUCUGCGGGUUCUCCAGGCCUGCAAAAAGCUGGAGAUUCCGGUGUUUAAAGGUGCUGCUAAGUCCAUCCUUGGCAUCAGAGUCGGCGAUGAAAGCUUCCACGGUCAGGAUGGCCUCGGAGACGCUCCCGACGCCGGCGCUCCUGGUCUGGACCUGAUUCAGGAGGAGAAUGCCGUGUCGGCCAUAGUCCGGAUUGUUAAUGAGAACCCUGGAGAGGUGUCCUUGGUUGCCACGGCGCCCCUCACCAACCUGGCUCUGGCUGUGAGGAUGGAUCCGACGCUGCCGGGCAAACUCAAAGGACUCUACAUCAUGGGAGGGAACACUGAGUCACGAGGGAACACCACAGUGUGUGGCGAGUUUAAUUUUGCAUCUGAUCCAGAGGCAGCAUACAUCGUGCUGAAUGAUUACCAGUGUGAAACUUACUUGGCGUGCUGGGAGUUCACCUGCUACAGCCAGCUGCCAUGGGACUUCUGUGACGCCUGGUUGGGUCAGGACAGCGACAAAGCUCGCUUCAUGGCGAAGAUCUUCCACCACAGUAUGGAGGAGGCCAAGAAAGACAGCGGAUGCCUGGGUUUCACGGGCUUCGUUUCCUGUGACUCGUACGCCAUGGCGGCCGCGGUGGACGACUCGUUUGUCACAGAAAGCGAUCGUUAUCCAGUCAGUGUUGAACUGACAGGAACUCACACCAGAGGAAUGAUGAUAGUGGACACUGUAGGGCUGCUAAAGAAGACGCACAAAGCGUGUAUUAUGAAGAAGGUGGACAUGGAGAAGUUUAAAAAGAUGAUGAUGGCAGCUUUGCAAUGACAUCUGCGAAUGGAGGGAACUUUGUUUCUUAGGUAGGUCAGACGACACAGUCAUCCAGGUAAAAGCCUGACCAUUCACACCUGGUAUUGAUUUCCAUCAUGAAUGAUCAGAUCUCAGUCCUGGUGACCAAAAAGUGUAACAUCAGCCCGUGUGUGGUCAGCUGAUCAUCAAACUAUAAAGGAGGUAUCUUACAAAACGCAGCACAGAAGGAGAAAUUAUCUUUAAAAACAGAUGGAAUAAAACUACAGAGAGACUAUAACUGUAUCCAUCUAUAUGUGUUUACUCUUACCUGAGAUUUACCUUUUACCUCCAAAAAGGUAAGAGGUCAAGAAGGUAAACUCUUGACUUCGCUCACCUGCUUGAUAUUAUUUCGUUUCUGAUUCGUAUCCCUCGACAGUAGGUGAAGGUCCGAACGUAAACGGAUUCUGUUAUGACCACAACAGACCAGAAAAACUUCCUCAUCACAGCUGACCACAGGAAUCUUUUGAUUCCCUGCUUCAUCCAGCAAUACUUAUAAAAGCCUUGAACUCGUCAUAUUACAACCUGAAGGCAGUCCACCAGCAGCAACUAAUGUUUUUAGAAAUGGUUUGCUGCUGUGGGGGUUCUUGUCUUUUGCUAAUUUUUAUUUUUUUAACAGAGUAAUAACUGCUGCUUGAUGUGAGUCCAUUCAGGUCAGUUUGGUGCUUCUCCAUCACCUCUGACUUUGCUUCAAGAAAACUGACCUCAAGACAUUUUCUGUGCGUUAGAGGUUCAUUUUCUGACAUUCACACAAAACUGGGAGACAGCAGAGCAGCACCUUUUCUAACUAUGGAGCGCUGCACACUUACUUUCCAACUUGACUCUCACUACCUCUGCUGGCAAAUUGGAAGCAAAAGGAAGGACUUCAUCAUUCAAUCAUGAAUAACAUCGGGUGUCGCUUACCACCCUCUUGUGCUGCUUCAGGCUUUCACUAGGACAGCGAGAUGGCAUGCAGACGUUAUGGGCCGGCCCUGGAUGUAGAUUUGAAAGGAUCUUCAGCCUGAAGCUUUUGUAGAGGACCUAUAACUUUUUAAUGUGCGUUUUAUAGAUUUGUGUUUAUUGAAAAUAAACACAAAUCUAUAAUCAAUAGAUUAUCUACAUCUACAUAAAAACAAUAAUAAAAAUGUUUUUGUAUGGAGGGUGAAAUAUGAUUUCUGUGCUCCAACUGUAGAAACUGUCAAAGGUUUGACCGUUGUGGUUAAACAUGAAGUGUUAACUUUCUAGAGAGACCAAGCUUUUGCAUAAGUUCUAAGAGGUUCAAAGUUCAUCGCUCGUAUUUUUUUAUUAUUUUUUUUUAAAGGCUUUUGUAGGCUUUGCACUUUUUUUCCAAUGUUGGACAAGAAACUCCACUUUAAAAAGAAAAUAAUAAAUCAAAGAUGGCAUUAGAUUUUUCUUGUGUGUAAUAAAUGCUGAAACAUUUUAAGGUUAAAUGUUGUAAAUUAACAGAAAUCAAAAAAUGAUCAUUUAAACAAGCUUCUUUGUGCCUCUGAUCUGAUUUAAACAUAAAUACUCAUUUACGCCCAGCAGCCGUUUCAAGGCAGAGUGAAUCCCCCUUAUGUAGAGUACGGCCAAAAACAUCAUGGCCGCACAUCCGACACUAAAAUAGUAGAUGGCAAGCUACAUUUGACAUGAGAGCAACCUUUGUACUUUAGAGCAGUGGUUCUCAAAUGGGGGUACGCGUACUCCUGGGGGUACGUGGAGGUACUGCAGGGGGUAUGUGAAGCUUUUCAAAAUAUCUUUAAAAAAUCAG